UAAGUCCCAUUCACUUCAGCAACGCCUGCCUGUCUAGCGCUACCGUGCGCUUUAAUUCAAUAUACCAUGCCUUUUGCGCCCGCAAACACGACUAUGGCCUUAGCGAAGCUACGUUCCUUGAAACACGACGAUAUGCUUGCUUGCUGCAUGGUGUGCUUUCUCUCACGCUGUUUGCUCGUAGCCGCUUAGUCCACCGGACGAUGGAUCUGGUGGGGCAAGAUUGCGCUCACUCGGGAUGGUAUGCGGACAUGCGUGAAGACCAAACACGGAACAGCAUUGAUUGCACGCGCCUGUGCCGUACUGCCUGCACGAUUGCGAUUGUGAGCCUCUGGUGGUGGUCAAACGCGUUUUCCGGGGAAGUUGACGCUGCCGCUCACUGGGGAUCGUUGUUGCCUGCGCGGUCGGCACACUUGUAGAUUG